CAUUGGUCACAAAUGGAUUUUAGAAACAAUGAAUAUUGUUCAAUCUGAACAUGAUCAUUGUCAGAUGGUCCAGACUGAAUAUCUUGCCACAUAGAUUUUGUUGGUGAAUAAUUCAAUGAAACCAUAGAGGCUCAGUUCCAUUUGACUUCUAAUAACUGUUGCUGUCAACCAUACUUUUGGCAUCGUCAGUAGUCACUACCAUAAAUUUCUCCAAGGGAAUAAAGAUUCUCUAUGAUGGUUUAAACUUCUUUGACAGUGCUUCGCCACAGUCAUAGAAGUCGAGAUUUAGAUCUAACAGACUAAAGUUUGUGUAGUUGCAGUAUAGAUCUACAGACUUGAAACUACAGUCAGUACAGCAGCCUAAAAUUGAACAUUUUCUUUAAAAAUGUCAUCUAUAAAAAAGAAUGAUAGUCACCUAAUAGAUAUCAAGUCUCAUAAAUUCUGUCUGCCUGAGAAACAGAUCAAACUGCCAGAAGACAUUCCCAAAUGGGAAAAAUCACAGGCCUAUGCUGAUCUUUUAGGAUUUAUUCUUGCCAUGAAUGAAGCUGUCAAAAAUAAAAAAAUUAGAGACCAGUACCCAGUUUCUCCAGUUGUCGAGAAAUUAAUUGAAAUAUUGGACAAGCUUGACACCUGGAUAGAUGAAAUACCUCCCAUUGAUCAGCCACAAAGAUUUGGAAACAAAGCAUUUAGAAUAUGGUUUCAAAAGCUUAGUGAGGAAGGGCCAAAUGUUCUGAAAGAAAGUCUACCAGCGGAAUAUGAAUGUGCUGUUCCAGAAUUAUUUGGCUAUUUCUUAGAAAGUUUUGGUAAUGACACACGCAUCGACUAUGGGACAGGUCAUGAAUUGUCAUUUGUGGCAUUUCUUUGCUGCUUAUGCAAAAUAGGUCUUGCGACUCAGGAAGAUUAUCAAGCACUGAUUCUUAAAGUUUUUGAAAGAUAUAUGAAUUUAGUAAGGAAACUACAACUGACAUAUAGAAUGGAGCCUGCAGGUAGCCAUGGAGUCUGGAGCCUAGAUGAUUAUCAAUUUUUACCUUUUUUAUGGGGCAGUUCACAACUAUUAGAUCAUCCAAGAAUAAAGCCAAAGUCUUUUCCCGAUGAAGAUAUCUACAAUGGCUUUUACAAAGAUUACAUGUUUCUUAGUGCUAUUAAGUUUAUCAAUCAGGUCAAAACUGGCCCCUUUGCUGAGCAUUCUAACCAGCUUUGGGGUAUCAGCGGUGUUCCUGUGUGGUCAAAAGUCAAUUCAGGACUUAUAAAAAUGUAUAGAGCAGAGAUUCUGGCCAAAUUUCCAAUAGUUCAGCAUUUUAUGUUUGGCAGCUUGUUAACUCUGAACCAAGCAGAAAAUCCAGCUCCUGAGUUAGAAGUUCUACCACCUGCAACAUCAUUUAGUGGCAGGCCACCUAUGAUGGACGACAUCAUGAUGCCUCCACCAACAAUGGCACCUUGGGCAGCCAAGCCUGGUGCUAUACCGCCCACAUCAAGGACUCCUCCUCGAGAUCUUUAACACUCAACAGACAUUAGAAACUGUCAUAGAAAAAGAUAGAAACUUUGAUUAACAUUUUUUAAAAAUUUUUUGACAUUAUUUAAAACAUAAUGGACCUCAUUCACCAAAAUGAAUGGUUAUGUGAUGACCAUUGAUAAAUAAAAGAAAAAAACAGUCUCGUGAUAACCAUUGUUGAUUUGAAUUUGGUUGUAAGCUGUAUAGAAGAGAUAGGGAAGCAUGUGGCUCAUUGUUGUUUGUUUAUGAUUGGUGAAUGAGGUCCAUUCUUGACAUAGUACACAAAACUAGAGUCAAAUGGAUGCUAAGAUGUGCUAACUGGAUAAAAUUUUGUUGAAUUGUUUUAUCUAAAAUUGUAGCAACUCAGAAAAUAGUUGAAUUUUAUUGACAAGUUUUCUAUAUACUUGUCUAUAAAAGAUAAUUAAUGUGACAUUAUUUAUUUUUAGAACCAAAUAAACUGGAUUAAUUAUCUUUACUCCAGAAUUAUUGUUACAUCAUCCAGUUUUCACAAAGACAUGACACUUUAUAGAUCUAAUUGAAACUGCAGUGUAAUUUAUAUUGUGCACAUGAACAAAUUAAGGACUAGAUGAUAGCUUUUAGUCUCACUGACCUCUACAUGGGCAUACACAAUUGUGUGUAUGAAGCCCAUGUAGAUUAGUUCUUAGUUUCUUGCCUUCUUUGUGUCUUGUGACAAUAACAUUAUUACAUUUGUAUUCAGACCUUCAAUGCCAAUAACUUAUUGUAUAUGUGUUCUUAUUUUUUUACUUGAGUGUGCAUGGCAUAAUUUUACUUUACAAUGAAGGCUUAAGUUGAAAAGUAAUGUGUACUUUAUAGAAAAAACAACAAACAUAACACUCCAAAAUGGUUUUGUAGUUUUUUGAUGAACUCAUCGAUAGGAAUUCUUUUAAAGUUAUUGAAACCUACUAUUUAUUAGAAAAUGCAGCAAAAUGUAUUUGUAUACAGAUACUUUGGAAUCAUAACCAGAAACUCUUUUGCUAAGUUUUCCAACGCCAUGUGUAAAAUCGAUUCGAUACUCCAUGAAUUAUGAUUUUUUAUUCAGCUACUUUUAUUUAGCUAUUAAUUUUUUCACAAAAUCAAGAGUAAUUACAAGUUUCAUCCUCAAUGUUUAUUCUAUUAUAUCAAGAUUAUCUGAUCAUAUUUUUAUUUAAAUAUAUUUUAUAAGAGAAAUGUAUUUAUUAUUUUUACAAAGAAGAAGGAGACUCAGUUCUGUUUUUCUUUGGGCUUACGUUUGCUCUUCUUAUAAAAGGUAUUCUAAAAUUCCCUUUGGUAAUAAUCAUACUAGCCUUUAAAAAAUAAAUAUGCUUCAGUGAGAGGGUUAGAAAACCAGUAAGAAAUGAAAUUUUUAAAAAUUCUUUCUUUAAAAAAAAGUUUGAAUUGUACCAAAAUAUUUGAAUUCCUCAACCAUCUAUGAAACAUUUAAGUGCAUAGGCUUUGAAAAAAAAAUGGUUUUAAAGAAAAACUAUUAAAAGUUGUUGUAAAGAUCACUCUAUGAAUAUGUUUUGUUUGCUUCAGCAUUUCACAAUUUUACUUUUAUAUAGCCAUUGUGCAGAUUGAGGAUAAAUUAUCUAUUAAAUAGAUAAAAUAAGAUUCCAUUUCA